AUGUUCACAACUCAUCAAAACCUCAUCUUCCUCAUUCUCUCACUCCAUAACUUGUUCAAACCUUGUGAUGCCAAUUGCACUCCUUCCUCCUGCGGCAUCCUUCACAACAUCACCUCCCCUUUCCGCCUCAACGGCACCUCCAAUGACUGCGGUGAUCCACGAUUCGAACUAGCAUGCGAAAACAACGUGACCUCCAUCUCCCUUAACUCCCACAAAUACUACGUCAAAGCCAUCACCUACAACAACUACGACAACGUAGACUACUCCAACAUUAGGCUCGUAGACGCUUCCAUAAGCAAUAACGACAUCUGUUCGUUUCCUGCCUUUUCCACAUAUGACUCUAACUCCACAUUCCCUAGCUAUCCCUUUAGUUAUAAAUCAUCCUUCCCUAUCAACUUCAUAAGCUGCCCAUAUUCCUUGACGAUUCCUUCCAUUUUUAUCGAUAUCACGUAUGAUUGUGGCUCUAAUUCGUCCUAUAACAGAUAUAUCAGCGUCGGCCGCAUGAAGGCCUCAGAGGUGCCAUAUACAUGUAGAGUAGACCUCAUCGCGAUGACGUCCUGGUAUAACUUUAAGGACUUGAACAACGUCUCGCUUUCAGAAAUCCACGAGUCCCUCUUGUAUGGAUUCGAACUCACCAUCUGCCCCGGGUGUGGAACAUCCAAAAUCUUAGUAUUUUCGGGUAAUUAA